AUGGGCAUCAUAAGGCCUGCCACACCGGGCUUUCUUGUCACUCUCGUCGCGACCAUCCUUUUAGCAGUCGUCUCUUUCUCUGUUCCUUGGGUCAAAUCAGUUUACUUCCUCAAGGCAUCGCUCCAGGUCGAGAGUGUUAACGGGUCCAUUACAUUUGGUACUCUUGGUUACUGUACCACGCUCUCGAAUGGAACAACAUGUUCAUCACCCUCUGUCGGCUAUGAAUACGACAUCAACGCACUCGUCGGCGACGAUACCUCCAUCCAAAUCCCCCAGGUCGUAGUUAAAUGGGUCACCUACGCCCUCGUGCUUCAUAUCGUGGCACUCGUCCUCGCAGCCGGAUCGUCCGUCUUUGGCCUUCUCGCCCACGUCCGCGAAUUUUCCAUGACAUGCUGCAGUACCUGCAUCUCCGGCUUCGCAGCCGUGAUCGCACUCCUCGCAUUCGUCUUCGACAUCGCCUUCUUCUUCCUUGCCAAAUCCCGCAUCAACUCCGUCGAUGGUGGCUCAGCCUCCAUGGGAAACGGUAUCUGGCUCACCCUCGCCGCCUGGGUCCUCCUCUUCUUCAGCGGCUGCUUCUACGGUAUCGGCAAAUGUUGUAUCCGUCGCAACCCUCGACACCCGUACUCUAAAUCUACCGACGAAGAUCAGAGAUGGAAGGGGAACAACGCGGCCAUGCCGGGAGGGUAUGAGGAGCAGAUGCGUCUUGAUGCCGUCAAGGCAGAAGCGGAUCGCAAGGCGAGGCAGAAGCAGGGCGAAAUUGGUCUGCCCGCUUUUCAAGAGUAUGAUCCCACGCAGCCUCUGACGACCGCUCACGAAGACGAAGAGCAUUCGCUUUCCUAUCAUGAUACGCACCCUGGUGCUGCCGCGGUGGGAGCAGGUGCCGCUGCAGGCGCUUAUACCGCACGCAACGAAGGCCACUAUGCUAAUGGAUAUGCUCCCGCGCCGACGAACACCCGAGCGGUGGAUGAGUACUACUCGCCAUCGAAUCAGACAUCCAACAAUGCGUACCCCCCACAACCCAGGAGACAGGGAUCACAGUCCACUACCGCCUACUCCGCGUCAAACUAUGGCUACGCAGGUGCUGGUGCUGCUGGUGCUGGUGCUGGUGCUGCUACGCAUGAUUAUCUGAACACGAACCCAAGCUACGGUCAUCAACAAUACCCCACGCAAGCGACUGGUCAAUACCCCACGGCCCAUGACCAAUAUCCCAGCCAGGUCAUAUAUGGCCAUGCCGUAGAGUCUUCAGCAAACUCAACGUAUCCAUCGAACGCCUAUGCCGAUCCCUACGCCGCAUCUCGAUCACCUCCCGUCCCCGACGCUUACAACCAAACGAACUAUUACAAUACCGCACCGUAUACCCAAACUACCACUCCUCCCGCUCUAGGACCUCCGAGUGGCCACAACGCCGCCACAGCUGCUGCCGCCGCCGCCCUAGGUGCAGGUUCAGCCUCGGGCUCCGGCGCAAACUCCUACUACACCCCGGGUACCACAACUUCACCACCUCCAGCCACACAACCACGAUCGUACACCCUCGGCGGUGGUGGCUAUGGCGACAACGUCGUUCCCGAACUGCCUUCGGGUUCGUCGCUAUACGGUGGAGGUGCGGCAGCAGCGUCUGGAAGCUCGUCAAGAGCACCGCAGAUCAAUACGGCGGUGCCCGGGGCGUCGAGUUAUACGAGUCCGACGAGGGGACCGGCGGGCCCGAGGCAGCAGAUGGUGUUGCAUGGGAGUCCGACGAAUGAGUACGAGGAUAGUCCGCCGGUGUAUGAUGAAGGGUUGGCACAGCCUGCUGGGCAGUGGAAUUCGAAACGUUGA